AUGUCAGGAGGAGUUAUUGAUCGGUACAGCGCUAUUCAAGGCGUUAUAGUCGCUUUCUCCACUAUCGUUAUAUGUUCGAUAUGCUACAUAUGUUCGUAUACAAAAGCUAGGAAAUCCGACUACAAACACAGGAUGGUCGAUCGACGAUUGCUCGUGUGUGCUCUUGCUUCAUCUUUACCUUUUUGUAUCGAGUUUGUUCGUUCAUUAUUGAUAUUAUUCUCAUUUGAGCUGAAAAACAAUCUCUACAGAAGCAUGACGGAAUUCUGGCAUUUUGAAACGGAAGCAAUUGCGACUUCUUCUGUAUGGUUACAACUUAUUCUCAACAAAAGUCAGCGCAGAUAUAAGAGAUUCAACACGCUGAACGUCAGUUUUUCAACAUCUCAACAAGCGGAUCUGCAAGACAUCGCCAGAUCAGUGGACAUACCAACUGCGAACCAGCUGUGCAUAUUCUGA